ACAAGCACUUUUUCUUCAAACAUAUUUGUUUCUAAUAAACCCUCUUUGUGUUUGCAGUAAUGGCGAGGCGAGAUUUGGUGCCUACAAUUAGGACCAACCCACUGUUGAGUGACAAGUCGAAGAAUCCUAAACCUCCUACAACCACCCCUGGAAUUCAGAGUCAUUUGAAUGAUCAUGAGAGUGAGAAACAGAAAAUGAGUCAUGAUGAACUGGAUCAUCACAACCCUGCAGUUCGGCCUCUUACGGGUGCAGCUCUGCCUCUGUCAGCAGGCAGAGGUCAUUUGAUGAAGGGUGAUCGCCACAUUUCAACUGAUGAUAUUGGUUUGAAUAGGCAAAUUCUGGGAACACAUGCUCCAGAUCAUGAAGAUCUUGACGUGAAGCCCAUUCUUUCCAUCAUAGAGGAUAUCUUGCUUCGUGGCAAAUCUCUUGAAACCGUGCAUGGAGAUCAAGUUCCAGCACAUUCAGAAUCAUAUGAGGAGAAGUCCUUCCGAAAUGCUUACCAUGACUCGGAGAUGGUUAAAAUGUUGGCAUAUCCCAUAACCAAAAUUACGAAUGAGAUAAUUUGCAAAUGUGGCGCUGGAGGAGAAGCACAUUCAGUAGCCAUUGGACUCCUUGAGACACUGUCAAACUACGGGUGGGAUGCCAAGGCGGUCAUUACGUUUGCUGCUUUUUCUGUCAGCUACGGUGAAUUUUGGUUGGUUGAGAACCUUCGCGUGAUGAAUCCGCUUGCCAGGGAUAUUGCAGCCCUGAAGGAUAUACCAGAAACAAUGGAGCAGAAAGAAGAAAUGAACAAGAAGUUUCAAGCUAUUGUUAAUCUUUUACGCGCUGUACUGAACGUGACUCACAUCAUUAUAAAGUUCAAGGAGCUCCCCACUCAAUAUGUGAACAGGGAUUCACCAGAAAUGAAAACUGCAACAGUUCACAUUCCGACGGCUAUUUAUUGGAUCAUAAGGGGCAUUUUGGCUUGUGCUUCAGUACUUCUGAACCUUAUUGGCAGUGGUCAUGAGUUCAUUACCUCAACUGCUGAGUCCUGGGAGUUAUUAAGUCUAGCUAGUAAGCUCUCCCACAUGUCUGAGCACCUGCAGGAUCAACUGAACAAAUUGAAUGAUUUUAUUGAUAGACAGUACCAAAAAAGGGAAUUUGAUGACAUGGUUAAUGCCUUUAAGGCAUCUCAUAUCGACAACAUGAAGAUAUUGAAGAUGAUUAUUCGUGCCGGAGAAAAUCAAAUGCCGAUAUUUGAUGGGACUAGACGGAUAAAUGAACGCCUCGAGGUAUUGAGAAUGAAGUAUGUCCUGCUACUAGUUUCCGACCUUGACCUUCCCCAUGAAGAGCUCAACAUUCUCCAUAUGAUUUACAACCAACAGUCGACGAGGCACGAGUACGAGGUUCUAUGGUUACCCCUUGUUGACCAGGCAAUGUCAAUGGGCCCAACACAGGAGAGACAAUUUCUCGAUCUUCGCAGCUCUAUGCCAUGGUAUUCUGUGGAUCAUCCUUCGUUGGUUAAUCCAGUAGCCAUUAGGUACGCUCGGGAGAUUUGGAAUUUCAGCCACAUGCCUAUGCUCGUUGUCUUGGAUCCGCAAGGAAGAGUGGCGAACGUCAAUGCUUUACCCAUGAUGUGGAUUUGGGCAAGUGUUGCCUUCCCUUUCACUAAAGAAAGGGAAUUGGGACUAUGGAGAGAGAGUAACUGGGAUAUCGAGUUACUAGCAGACACCAUUGAUCCACGUCUCCAGGAAUGGAUAAAGGAUGACAAAACUAUAUGCUUGUAUGGUGGAGAGGACAUUGAAUGGAUUCGGCGAUUCACAACUACUAUGCGAAACAUUGCAACCACAUUGCGAGUUCCCUUGGAAAUGAUUUAUGUGGGAAAGAGCAAUCCGAAGGACAAAGUAAGAAGAUGCCAUGAAAUCAUUGACAGGGAGAAACUUAGCCACAUUUUUCCAUUGAAGGACUUUUAUGAUUAUGUUUGGUACUUCUGGGUGAGGCUGGCGAGCAUGUGGAACUCCAAAAUUCAACAUGGCAUGACCGUUGAGACUGAUAAAAUAAUGCAGGAAAUCUUUACAAUGCUAACGUAUGACGGCAGUGAACAAGGAUGGGCUGUUUUCAGCAAGGGCAUAUAUAACAUGACUAAAGGAAAAGGUGACAUUUUGCUUACAGUACUCGACAACUUUAGACAAUGGCAAGAAAAAGUGGAUCACCCUGAUAAGUUUGUGCCUGUACUGGACGCGGAGAUCAGUGGUGUCCACCUCGAACACCACUGCAACCGUCUCAUUCUGCCGGGGCAAACUGGAUACAUCCCAGAGAGGGUGGUUUGCUCCGAAUGUGGACGUACUAUGGACAAGUAUGUCAUGUACCGUUGCUGCACCGACUAAUCUGAGCUACUAUUACUACUACUGUUAUUAAGGCUUUUGCUGCCAUUAUAUAUUUCAAAAUAAACUUUUAUCUUCUAUAUUUUCAUGGCUUUGCCUUCUCAACCUAGAUGAUAUGUUGCUUGUAAGAGAGAGUGAAUAAAAGUGUGGAACUCUUUAUGAAAGAAUUUGAAAUUAGCUUGGGAAUUCAAGCAUA